AGAAAAUGAAUGGGUUGUUUUCCCAAAAAAAAAUUUAGCCUUCUCACUAAAGCUGAAAAAUCAAGAUGGCAUUGGCCCAAUUGGGAAAUUCCACCAUGCCAUGCCCAUACGCUUCCAUGACUUUUGCUGCCUCACUGCCCUUUUCUGGGCCUUCUCCAAAACCUCAUCCAAAUUCAAAUUCAAACCCAAAAUCUUUGAAAUCCCUCGAUCAAAAACAAAUAAUCUCACUGUUGCAGAGAUCCAAACACAUCAACCAAGUCCUCCCAAUCCAUGCUCAACUCAUCAGAAAUGGCCAUUCCCAAGACCCCUUCAUGGUCUUUGAGCUCCUUCGCUCAUGCUCCAAGUGCCAUGCUAUUGACUAUGCCUCCAGGAUUUUUCAAUACACUCACAACCCAAAUGUCUAUCUCUAUACUGCUCUCAUUGAUGGCUUUGUGUCAUCAGGAAACUAUUUUGAUGCCAUUCAGCUGUAUUCCAGAAUGCUCCAUGAUUCAAUUCUGCCUGAUAAUUACUUAAUGGCCUCCAUUUUGAAAGCAUGUGGCUCCCAAUUGGCUUUGAGGGAAGGGAGAGAGGUCCACAGCCGGGCUUUGAAGCUGGGGUUGAGCUCAAACCGUUUGGUGAGGUUGAGGAUCAUGGAGUUAUACGGAAAAUGCGGGGAAUUGGGAGAUGCACGUCGGGUAUUUGAAGAAAUGCCUGAAGAUGUUGUCGCGUCCACUGUGAUGAUCUCCUCUUAUAGUGAUCAGGGACUGGUUGAGGAAGCCGGUGCCGUUUUUAGUCGGGUCAGGAGAAAGGAUACGGUUUGUUGGACAGCGAUGAUUGAUGGCUUUGUGAGAAAUGAAGAGAUGAAUAGAGCUUUGGAGGCGUUUAGGGGAAUGCAAGGGGAGAAUGUGAGGCCUAAUGAGUUCACCAUUGUUUGUGUGUUAUCAGCCUGUUCGCAGUUGGGAGCAUUGGAGAUUGGGCGAUGGGUCCACUCAUACAUGAGGAAGUUUGAGAUUGAGCUCAAUCUUUUUGUGGGCAAUGCCCUGAUUAACAUGUAUUCACGGUGUGGAAGCAUAGAUGAAGCACAAACAGUGUUUGAUGAGAUGAAAGAUCGUGAUGUCAUCACUUACAAUACCAUGAUUUCUGGACUUUCCAUGAAUGGGAAGAGCAGACAAGCUAUUGAAUUGUUUCGGGUAAUGAUUGGGCGAAGGCUUAGACCAACUAAUGUUACCUUUGUUGGUGUCCUAAAUGCAUGCAGUCAUGGAGGUUUGGUUGAUUUCGGAUUCAAGAUAUUUCAUUCCAUGACAAGAGAUUACGGGGUUGAACCACAGAUUGAGCACUAUGGAUGCAUGGUUGAUCUUCUUGGUCGGGUUGGUCGCCUUGAGGAGGCUUAUGACUUAAUUAGAACGAUGAAGAUGACACCAGACCAUAUUAUGUUGGGGACUUUGCUAAGUGCUUGUAAAAUGCAUAAGAACCUUGAAUUAGGUGAGCAGGUUGCAAAAGUAUUGGAGGAUCGUGGACAGGCAGAUUCAGGAACUUAUGUUCUGUUGUCACAUGUAUAUGCUUCAUCUGGGAAAUGGAAAGAGGCAGCACAAGUGAGAGCAAAGAUGAAGGAGGCUGGAAUGCAGAAGGAACCUGGUUGCAGUUCCAUUGAAGUGAACAAUGAGAUUCAUGAGUUCCUUUUGGGAGACCUAAGACACCCACGGAAGGAAAGAAUUUAUGAAAAGUUGGAGGAGUUGAACCGACUACUAAGACUGGAAGGAUACCAUCCAGAGAAGGAGGUAGUUUUGCAGGAUAUUGAAGAUGGAGAAAAGGAAUGGGCUUUAGCAAUACACAGUGAGAGGCUUGCCAUAUGCUAUGGCCUAAUUUCGACUGAACCAUGUACCGUGAUACGGGUCAUGAAGAAUCUAAGAGUAUGCUAUGACUGCCACUCAGCUAUCAAACUCAUUGCUAAAAUUACCAGGAGAAAGGUUGUGGUGAGAGAUCGGAAUCGGUUCCAUUAUUUUGAAAAUGGGGCUUGUUCUUGUGGAGAUUAUUGGUGAAAUAAAUUGCUUUAUAGUUCCUUUCAAAGCUCUGAGAAUCUUCUAUUUAUUUCGCAAAUUUGAUGAAGAUCAGCCCAGGGGGAAGAUUACUAUCAUAUAUAUUUAAAGACACAAAACGGCUGAAAGAUUACAUCAAUUAAUGUUGGAUCUUGCCAUCACCAUGGCAUAAUGUCCUAAAGCUCAGACAAAGGGAAUAUGAAUCCUACAAUGGAUCCUCAUCAUACAAACGCUCAGGUACAUUCUGAAAUGUAGCCUUCACAAGAACAACAUAUGAUGGCAACUGCUGGAGAGCAAAGUACGUUACUGCCGAGCAGGUUAGUCCAUAUAUUGGAAUUGUAGCACAUUUCAAACUAUUGUCAUGCAUCAAAAAAUGCCCACAGCUGAAGCAUAACAACAUGGCAGCCAAAGAUAUAAAGAGAGAGGUCAAACCGAAUAAAAGAUUCCAAGGCAAGUUCUUACCAAAAUCUUUAUAUUGGUACUGGGAGGUGAGAAGGGUGAAAAAUAUGAGCAAUGAGAUGAAGGAAGAGCAAAGAACAAAGAGUAAUGCAAUUGCAAAAAAAUUGAAAGCCAAAUGAUGCUGGAAAAUUGGUUUGCAAGUGUGUUGGUUCUCCGCUUGGUACAGCUCUUUCAUUGCUAUUAGAGCUGCAAUGAAAGAGCAGGAAUUGCAUGCGCUGUUGAGCCAUUCUUUACUUCCAUAUAGAUCUCCUUUGGCCUCUUUAGACGCCCAUUUAGACUAACAAUGACAUCUGGUGACAAGGAAUUCUUCACAUAUUGCAUUAAACCCGGGUACUGAAUGUUAAGUAAAGCCUAGGAUUGAUAAUUAAUGGCUCAUAUGUGACACUUUGAUGAGUUUUACAGACAUCGAACCACUUGACUUCCCUCUUGAUUUUACAACAUGCUGGUGGAGAUAAACCAGCUUUCACAAUUUUGUAGCUUUUCAGCUAGAUGCAGUGCAUUAUUCCUGUCCGUAUCCUUUGCAUGGAAUACAAGAGUCUUUAUCAAGAUGAGUACUCUUUAGCAAGUUAUAUAUAUGAGAUUGCCUACCGUCCACUCCCAACAGCACUAUGUUCCUUCCAUCUUCUCUGUCUGUGUCAUAAAUGGUGCCAUGGGAAACACUUGCAGGAUUUUCUCUUAACAUUUCCAUAAUACCAUUCCUUGCUGCAAUUAGAAUUGGGGACGUGGAAACUGAAAAGAGAACAAGACACAAUUAUUUUGCUACAAGGAGCAAGGGUUAACUUUCUCCAUUUGUCUCUGUAUAUUACCUAGAUGUCUGUUAGAAACAACAUUAACUGAGAGUGAAGUUACUUUGACUACUCUGGGGACAUUGUAAAAGAUCAAAUCCAAAUCUUUCCACAUCAAAUGCUUCAAUCUUGUCCCUGUACUUGUUCUUUGCAGCAGUUUCAAGUAGUUUGUUCAUGAUCUGAAGAGACAAGAUGUGCAUCCCUUUUAUCUC